UCAUCAUCAUCAUCAGAGAUCGAAAUAAUCGUGUCAAAAGACAACACAGCAGCAGCAGCGGAACAAGUGGUGAUCGCUGACGUAUUUGGGGCUUGUGCUUACUGUGAUCUUCUCAAACUAACAAAAUUCGUCCAAGAAGACGGUGCUUCUCUCUCUCAACCGGAUGGUAAUGGCUAUUACCCCCUUCAGUGGGCAUCUCUUAAUAACUUUGCUGACGUUGCUCACUAUAUUAUUCAGCAUGGUGGGGAUGUGCACGCUGUUGAUAACGUCCGCCAGACAGCAUUGCAUUGGGCCGCUGUUCGGGGUUCGGUUGCAGCUGCAGAUGUUUUGUUGCACAACGGUGCUCGUGUUGAGGCUGCUGAUGUAAAUGGUUACCGGGCAGUUCAUGUCGCAGCUCAGUAUGGUCAAACAUCCUUGUUGAAUUUUAUUGUAGCCAAGUAUCAUGCUGAUUUUGAUGUACCAGAUAAUGACGGAAGGACCCCUCUUCAUUGGGCUGCAUAUAAAGGAUUUGCAGAUACAAUUAGAUUACUUCUUUUUUGGGACGCCUUUCAAGGAAAACAAGAUAAAGAAGGUUGCACUCCUCUGCAUUGGGCGGCAUUGAGAGGAAAUCUGGAGGCUUGCGUUGUACUUAUACAUGCAGGGACAAAACAGGAGUUAUUGGUGAAAGAUAGUGCUGGGUUUACACCUGUACUUAUACUUUCAGCCACCACACCUCUUAUCCUCGGAUAAUCGGGUUCUGGCAUGCUCACACUCCAUUGUCUCGAUCCUUUUCUUCAUGGACUUAGUGGUGCUAGUAAGGAAGUGACUCUAAGAUAGCAAUACAAAUCCCCCCCCCCACAUAAUAUGAUGUCUUUAUGUCAGCCAAAUUCUUUACAAACUUUGCCAGCAAGAUGUCAAGAAUAAUAGCAAUCCCGAUCAUGCCAAGAAAUAGCUUCCUCGAGUUGAACUCAUUGACUCUAUUUGGCAUAGCACCAAAGUAUUGAAAAUUAUAGUGUUUUUUACCUUCUCUUCCACACUAAGCAUCGCCUUACU